AUGGAAGCACUGAAACGCACUGAGAAAGAGGAAGGCGUUUUUGAAGACUUGGGUAUAACAGAUGAAGACAUGGAAAGAUCAUACUUGGCUGCUUUCCUUGCUUGCUGGUUAUGCAAAUUUGUAUUUCCCAAGGACGACGUAACUUUGAUCAGACCAGGGGUUUUCAAAGUUGCCAGUCGAAUGGCGCACGGUGUAUCAUUUGGCCUAGCAGUUCCAGUAUUGGCCAGCAUUUACAAGGGACUGAACGAUAUUUCUAGUGCAGAUGACCCAGGAAAUUGUACAACUAUUCUACCUUUCCAUUAUGUGUACGGAUGGUUGGGCGAAUACUUCGACACGCAUUUUACAUCAUCUUCCGAAAAGUCCAUUCCCAUCAUGGCAAGGUUCUCAGGAAGACUUUCGGCGAAAUUUUUUGAAGAUUCGUCAGCUCGAGCUUUAUUCCGGACUUGUGGUAAAGUGAAAAUGAGUCGUCUGGCAAGAAUAUUUUCAGAAUGCAAACAACUGACUGAUGAAGAUCAUAUUUCUAAAGAAGACUUUGAGAAAACUACCGAGUCAUCCAACCUUAUAGCCCGCACCGGUUCAGUAGACAAUUUUGUUAUGUACAACAUGUGCCAUGAGAACUUAAAGAUGACGUCCGGAAUGAUUGGCAGUGCAUCUACAAUAACACUACCCACUAAGAACAAUAUCCGGGAGUUUGAGGUCACAUCCGACUAUGUUAUUUGGUGGUCGAAAGUGCAUCGCUUUGAAUCUACGAAAUCAAAGACAGUCUCAACUGUAGGCAAGUCGUCGUCACUUUCUCAACCAAGAUCUCUUAAGUCUCAAGGCCAUGAAGUUUCAGUUCAUGAUAAACUCACCCGUGGUAGAGCGCUCCAAGUUCAUCCAGAAGUUGAAGGUAGUUCUACUACUCCUGCGCCUCAAGUUCAACACCUACUUCCGGUUGAUGUUCCUUCAACUCAAGUCCUUAAUGAUAAAGGAAAAACAGAAAGUGUAGCAGAUUCCCAGGAAGAUUUCAUUCCCCUUGGUCGACGCAUUCGCCGUUUGAAGCGAGGGCGUGUAAGCAGCAAUGAAGACAGUGAGGUCAACUUUAGGCAUAAGAAGACAAGUAUCGAACCUCUUUAUUGCGAUCUGGACACGGCAUACCCACUUGAUGACACAUUCUUUUGUGAUGUACCCGCUAUUUCACAACCAGUUCUAAUGAACGAGGGAGAAGUAGUGCAUCACGUCCCUACUGUGUCUGAGCUUGUACCAUUUAAUCAUUUUCCUAUCGAAGAGGAAAAUGAUGAUUUGUGCCCGCUAAGUGGUUCAGGUGUUAGCCUAAGAGGGGCAGACGUCUCAUCCCUACGAGCUAUGAUUGAUGCACUUAUGGUGACCGCAGUUGACUAUUGUUCUACACACUCUGCUUACUCCCAAAAGCUGUCUCCCGAGGUUCAAAGUGAUCGUUUAGCUGCUGUCGACUCUUCACUUUCUGUUGCCUUGGCUCUGCAACAAGCUGAAGAGGUCCAUCAAUUUUCGAUACUUGAGUCUAUUAAAUCUGCCAACACACGUAUGGAGGAGUUGAAGAGAGAACAAGAGCAACUGGAGUCAAGACUGCGUCAAUUAAACGAAUCACUUUCAAAGAGUGAUGCAGAACUUUCUUAUCAUCAUGGUGAGGUUGCCCGUUUGAGAGAGGAUAAGAUUGCAGUUGAAGAAGCUCCUGUAUUAUCCACUGCCGAUGCUGAGACUUUAGAUGCGUUACGAGUUUCUUUUGAGAGAUUGCGUAACGGCUUCAAGGACUUGUCUUGGGAAUAG